UGUCAUAACAUAGUGCCUUACGUUGUAUCUAAAUUUAAUAGACAUUUAAAAUGGAAAAGAAAAAUCAGUAUAAAGGACCACCGACAAAAAGGUUUAAAUCGAACGAUGACGAUGAUGAAAAUGAAGUACCAUCCAGUUUCGAAGAACAGCUUGCAGGAAUGGAAUGGGAGUCUAUACAAAUUUUCGGAGAAGGCCCUGAAAAUCAAACAACGGAUACUAAAUGGUCACGACCAAAUCCGCCUGAUUUAAAACCCGAUAAUCAUGUCUUAACCUUUCAACAAAUAGAUAUUGAUCAUUAUAAUGGCCAACCUUUACGAGGUAUGCCAGGAUCACAAUUAGGUCCUGUUCCCAUUAUGAGAAUGUAUGGUGUUACUUUGGAUGGAAACUCAGUGUGCUGUCAUGUGCAUGGGUUUACGCCUUAUUUUUAUGUCACUGUACCACUAAAUUUUAAUCAAUCUUCAUGUCAUGAACUGAAAACCAAUUUAAACAAAGCUAUCCUUGAAGAUCUCCGCUCAAAUAAAGAUAAUCUACGAGAAACAGUUUUAGAAGUAAAAUUAGUGAAAGCAAAGUCUAUUAUGUAUUACAAAGGGGACAAUGAAAUAACUUUUGCUCGGGUAUCUGUCGCCUUACCAAAGCUAAUAGCAGCUUCAAAGCGACUUAUUGAAAGACAGCCAUCAUCUUUUGGUUUAAUGGAUCCAUCCUUUUAUGAAACUAACAUUGAUUUUGAUAUUCGUUUUAUGGUUGAUACAUCUGUUGUUGGUUGUAGCUGGAUUGAAUUACCUGCUGGAAAGUGGUCAAUUAGAACCAAAAAUAGUGCUAUUAAACCUGAAACUAGAUGUCAGAUUGAAGUCGAUGUCGCUUGGAAUGAAUUCAUUGCACAUCAACCUGAAGGAGACUGGCUUAAAGUGGCGCCCUUUAGGAUAUUAAGUUUUGAUAUUGAGUGUGCUGGAAGAAAAGGAGUUUUUCCAGAACCAGAUAAAGAUCCAGUCAUUCAAAUUGCUUCAAUGGUUAUAAGACAGGGUGAGACUGAGCCAUACCUGAGAAAUGUUUUUACAUUAAAUACAUGUGCACCUAUUGUAGGCUCACAAGUUUUUAGCUUUCAAUCAGAAUCAGAAAUGUUAAGUAAAUGGUCAGACUUUUUCCGAGAGUUAGAUCCAGAUAUAAUAACUGGCUAUAAUAUAAAUAAUUUUGAUUGGCCCUACCUCAUCAACCGGUCAAAACAUUUAAAAGUAGAUAACUUUGAUUUUCUGGGUCGUAUCAGAAAUAUUAGAUCUGUUAUUAAGGAUUCUGUGUUACAAUCAAAACAAAUGGGUAGAAGAGAGAAUAAAAGUAUAAAUUUUGAAGGUAGAGUCCCCUUUGAUCUGUUACUUGUUCUAGUUAGAGAUUACAAAUUACGGUCAUAUACAUUGAAUGCUGUGAGUUAUCAUUUUCUUCAAGAACAAAAAGAAGAUGUUCAUCACAGUAUAAUAACUGACUUACAAAAUGAAAAUGAACAAACAAGAAGAAGAUUAGCCAUGUAUUGUCUAAAAGAUGCAUAUUUACCUCUAAAGCUUUUAAAUAAGUUAAUGUGUAUCAUAAAUUAUAUGGAAAUGGCUAGGGUGACUGGUGUACCUUUAUCAUGCUUACUUACCAGAGGGCAGCAAAUAAAAGUAGUAAGUCAACUAUUACGAAAAGCAAAAGAUGCUGGUUAUUUAAUGCCUGCUUACCAUGGUCAAGGUUCAGAUGAUCAAUUUGAAGGAGCUACAGUAAUUGAACCAAGAAAGGGGUAUUAUGCAGAUCCUAUUUCAACUCUAGAUUUUGCUUCCUUGUAUCCAAGUAUUAUGAUGGCUCAUAAUUUAUGUUAUACAACUUUAGUACCACAAAAUUUACAAAAAGAACUUAAUUUAAAUCCACAUGAUGUUACAACAACACCUUCAAAUAAUACAUUUGUAAAAGCAAAUGUACGGAAGGGGUUGUUACCAGAAAUUUUAGAAUCCUUACUUGCUGCUAGAAAAAAAGCGAAGGCUGAUUUAAAAGAUGAAAAAGACCCCUUGAAACGUUCUGUACUUGAUGGUAGACAGUUAGCAUUAAAAAUUAGUGCAAAUUCUGUGUAUGGAUUCACAGGAGCUCAAGUGGGAAAGCUUCCCUGUUUAGAAAUAUCUGGUAGUGUCACCGCCUAUGGACGAACCAUGAUAGAAUUUACCAAAUCUGAAGUAGAAAAAAAAUUCACUAAGUCUAAUGGUUAUAAAGAAGAUGCUGUUGUUGUUUAUGGUGAUACUGAUUCGGUAAUGGUUAAAUUUGGUGUUAAGACUUUGGAAGAAAGUAUGGAAUUAGGAAAAGAAGCAGCUAAUUAUGUGACUUCAAAAUUUGUUAAGCCAAUAAAAUUGGAAUUUGAGAAAGUGUAUUACCCAUAUUUACUUAUUAAUAAAAAAAGAUAUGCAGGCCUCUAUUUUACAAAGCCUGAUAAAUAUGAUAAAAUGGAUUGUAAAGGUAUUGAGACUGUUAGACGUGAUAAUUGUCCCUUAGUUUCAAACAUGAUGAGUACUUGUUUACAGAAGCUACUUAUAGAUAGAGAUCCUGAUGGAGCAGUAAAUUAUGCUAAACAAGUUAUAUCUGAUUUACUGUGCAAUCGAAUUGAUAUAUCUCAACUAGUUAUCACUAAAGAACUUACAAAAAAUGAUUAUGCUGCUAAGCAAGCUCACGUUGAACUAGCAAAUAAGAUGAAAAAACGUGAUGCUGGUACAGCUCCAAAGCUAGGUGAUAGAGUGCCUUAUGUAAUAUGCUGUGCAGCAAAAAAUACACCUGCCUAUAUGAAAGCCGAAGAUCCUAUAUAUGUGUUAGAAAAUAGUGUGCCUAUUGACUUUAACUAUUAUUUAGAAAACCAGUUGUCCAAACCUUUACUAAGAAUUUUUGAACCAAUUCUUGGAGAGAAGGCAGAAUCUCUGCUUCUUAAAGGAGAACAUACAAGGACAAAGGCUAUGGUGACAUCUAAAGUUGGUGCAUUAGCUGCUUUUACAAAAAAGAAAGAGAAAUGUAUUGGAUGUAAAACAGUAAUGCCUGACAACACGAAAAAAGCAUUAUGUAACCACUGUUUAGAAAAAGAAGGUCAACUUUAUAUAGCGGAAGUAUUUAAAGUAAGGCAACUUCAAGAAAAAUUUUCAAGGCUUUGGACUGAAUGUCAAAGAUGUCAGGGAAGUCUACAUGAAGAAGUAUUAUGCACUAACAGAGAUUGUACCAUUUUUUACAUGAGAAAAAAAGUAGGAAUGGAAUUAGAUUCCCAAGAAAAAACUGUCUCACGUUUUGGAGAGCCAAUGUGGUAAUCCAUUUUGUUUGAAUGAAUGAGUGUUAAUAUUUUAUUAAUAAUAAAAUUAUUUCAUAUUAUA